GACUGCAGGAAGUCGUGUUUUGAAACAGAAACACAAUCCUGGAAGAAUCGAGUCGCUUUUAAUAAUCAUUAAAAAAAAGCACCGAAGCCUCUGAUAAAGGACGCGUCUGCAGCCGUGUUUACCGCCCGGUCGUUACCCCGCACUCGGGCUCAUUGCGAGGGGACAGUGGCUCUGCGGUCCGGUUGCAUUAAUAAUACUGAGCUGCUGAGUUUGAGUGAUGGAGAACCUUAGGGAGCUGAGCCAGUCGGAGCUGCAGGAGAUCCUGGAAGACUCCCAGAAGAUGGAAACCAUGGUGAUGGAAUCUUCAGAGGUUCAGGGCUUGCAGUUGGAGAAGGAGAUGAGCCUGGCAGCCAAUCGGAGCCUGGCUGAGCAGAACCUGGAGCUCCGCCCCCUCCUGCAGGAGAGGAAGGAGAGGCUGAGUGAGAGAUACAGGGAGCUGCAGAGACUGGAGGCAGACUGCAGGGGGCGCUGUGAGGAGCUGGAGAGUAAACUCAGCUCCUUCAGUCCAGACGUGCUGCUCUCUUUGCUGCAGACAGAGGGCGCCAAAAUCGAGGAAGAAUCAGAGUCUCUUGCAGACCAGUUUCUCGAGGGCACGGUCUCUCUCGAUAGUUUUCUUGAACUCUUCUCCACCAAGCGCUCGCUGGCUCACAAACGAAGAGUCCGAAUUGAGAAGAUGCAGGAGGAGCUGAGGAACCGGGCCUCGGCAUUACCAAGACAACCCCCUGAGCAACCAGCGCCACGGCAACAGGAAGAGCAGACACCUCAAAUCAUACAGCAGCAACCCUGGCCAGAAAACACUCCGAACCCAGUUCCUCCACCUUCCCAGCAUGCCCCCUUGCCCUACAUGUCCCAGCAUGCCCCCGGCCCCUCGGGGAGGGGGGAGCGAGGGGGUCCCCCCUCGCUCCCCAUGCCCCGACAGCCUACGGCCCCUUCAGUCCAGCACCUUUCCCACAGCAGCCCGGGCCCCUGGUGA